AUGAUCGAUAAAGGAAAUCCUACGGCGACCGCGCUCGGCGUCGUCGGAACCGUCUUGUGGUGCAUUCAGCUCAUCCCGCAGUUCAUUUACAACUAUCGCAGAAAAGACUGCACAGGCCUUCCUGUGCUCAUGCUCUUCCUGUGGAGCGCCUCGGGUGUGCCCUUUGGCAUCUACUUUAUGGUGCAGCGUGCCAACAUGGCUCUGCAGAUCCAGCCCCAGCUGUUUACGUUCUUCUGCCUGUGCACAUACUGGCAGACGCUCUACUAUCCUCCGGUAAAUUUGGGAUGGAAAAAGGCGACCCUGAUUGUAGGGAUCCAGGCCAUUGUCAGCGCUGGCAUUGAGCUGGCCGUGAUUCUUCCCCUACGACCAGUGUACGACCGAGGAACUACCUGGCCCAAUCUGAUUCCCGGAAUCAUUGCUGCCGUGCUGCUGGCAGUGGGACUCCUGCCGCCCUACCCAGAGCUCUGGAAGGCCAAGGGCCAGGUGGUGGGCAUCAAUUUCGUGUUUCUGUUUUUGGACUCGAGCGGCGCAGUGUUCAACAUCAUUUCGGUUUGCAUGCAGAACGGCAGCCUCGAUAUCCUUGGCAUCGUACUCUAUUGUAUUGUUCUGGCCCUGGAACUAGGCAUCUUCACCUCGCACAUCGUGUGGAUGAUCCGGCUGAAAUACUUUGGUCUCGAGCCUGUGCAGUCAGACAAAGAGGAAAUCUCUAUGCAUAGCGAGGAGCAGGAACCCCGCAAGUUCUACGAAAAUGUCAUCACUUAUUUGUUCGGGGAAGUCCGCAAGCCAGGGGACUACGAUACGGCGUGCACAGCCGAGUCCGAAUCCAUCGACGACUGCCAAAAGGUCUAA